AUGGCUGGAUACUCAAAUGUGCAGAUUCAGUCGCCCAAGGAGAACACAAUUCAGAGUCCUCAAUCAGAAACCAACAUGAACCUUCUUGCUUUUAAUCGCCAAGACUUUUUGGAACCACAGUUUGCUGCUGCAGACUUUGUAGCUGCUCGCAAGCAUAUUCCUAUUGACCAACUCAAGCAUGAUUUUCAUAGCGUUUUAAAGGCUCUCAAGGGCGAGUUGGUUGAGCUGAUCAAUAAUGACUAUGCAAAGGUUAUUGGCUUGUCCACAAAUCUGGUGGGCGUGGAUAGCAUGAUCUCAGAUUUAAAACAGCCUAUUUUGAAUAUCCGUACUGCUGUAGAGAAUGUUCAAGCUGUUUUAGAUGAAAUGAUUGAUCGUCUCGAGACUGGACUCGAAAAACGGGCUCUCGUUAGAACAAAAAAAGCUGCAUUAGAAGUAUUUUUAAAUAUUCACCAGUCUCUUGAGAAAGUCCAAGCAGUUCUUGAUGCUUCAUGCACUACUGAAAACAAUGGAAACAUUAAAAUGGACGAAAUGCUUGUUGAGCGAGUUGCCAUUGAGUACAAUCAGUUGCAAUAUCUGGUUUCAAGUGGACAAAGUCUUGCAUUUGUUUCAAAUAUUUCUUGGAAAAUUGAGGGAAUUAAAAAUACGCUAGUAUCUACACUUUCCGGAUCAGUACGUCAAGCAUAUUUGACUAUAUCUACAAAUCCAUCGGAUAGCGAAGCUGCUUCGUCUUUGUUUCAAUCGCUGCGUGUAUUUGUAUUAAUCGAUCGGGUUGCGGAUGCUCUGUCUGUUUUCAACGAAACUAUCCUUGAUCCAUUUAUUCAAAAAAAUAUUAAUCCUGAAUCGGUCGAGUUGAUGCCUGCUGUUGGUUCAACAGGCCGUACUCUGGAGUGCUUGCGGAUUUACACCAUUACUUUAGCUGCUUUGAAAAACACUCAGUAUGAUCUAUUGGCGGAUAUUAUUUGGACGGGAAUUAUUAAAGCGAUUAUAUCUAGACUUCCUAUUGUGUUCAACGCAGGAAUUCCAGAUGUAUUUCAUCGUAACUAUCAGACAUGUAUCCGCUUUGUCCAGCAGUUUGAAUUGCUGUCUGGGUCGACUAGUUUAUUGAGAAACUUAAGGAAUCAAGAAUCGUAUAUUGAGUUUAUGCGCAAGUGGCAGCUGUCAAUUUAUUAUCAGAUCAGGCACAACGAAAUUGCAGCCAGGUUUGAAACCGGUCUUGUAAAUGGCAAGCAGAAAGUAGAUACCACAGAUUCGCUUGGAUUUCAACUUCAGGGCACACAAGCUCUAUCUGCAGCAUUAUUACAGUGCUGGGAGGAUAAUGUAUAUUUAGACUCACUCUCGUUUCGGUUUUGGAGACUGACUCUGCUGCUUAUUCGAAGAUAUGCUAGCUGGAUUGAACAUGCGAUUUCCAAUGAUAUGGCAUUGCCUACAACCACUCUAGAUCCCAACCUACCUCCAUCCACAACUUCAUCAAGUGAUAUGAUAUCCACUGUAAUACUGUCGUUUUACAGUGAUAUUAUCAAGAUACGUGCACACAUUUUGAAAAAGUUUGAAACACAUAUAUUGCCAAAGCUUCCAUCAGCCAUUUCGCAAGGCAAUCAGCUGUCAGAUUCGUUGUUUACAGCAAUUAGUGGAGUUGAAUCAUUUUUACCAGCAGUGACUGGUAGAAUUGUUGCCAAUUUUGCCAAUAAAUGUGCAGAGCCAUUGCGUAGUGGUGUCAAGCAUUUACCACGACUCUAUCGAAGCACCAACCACGAGACUCCUACGAGAUGUUCGUAUUUUAUUCCAACAGCGUUCAAGCCUUUGACUACAUUCAUUAAUGCCAACUAUAAGUUGCUAGACAAGCCAACUAUUCAUAUAUGGCAGCAGGAGGUAACGCAUGCUGUUAGCCAACAAUAUUUGGAUCAAGUCAAAGAAACAAUUGCUUCUGUCAAGCAAAUUGAAGAAAGUCUGAAGCGAUUUAAAAAAGCAAAGAAGCCAGCAGUGGGAGGGUCGACUGAAGAAACUGUGACUGAUGACGAUAAGAUCCGACUUCAAAUUCAAUUGGAUAUUGAACAGUAUGGGAAAGAGCUUUCACAGCUAGGACUUAAUCCACAAGACGACCCUUCGUUUGAAAUAUUGAAGAAACUGGAUCUUGGCAGGUCUACUAGUUAAAUGGGUAGUUUAUUUUAAAUAAACUGAUACUCUUGUUUUUAGUGUGGACUAGCAAUGCAUUUUGCGAAGCUGAAUGAAUAG